ACGCCUGGCUGAGACAUGGCAACUGCAAAGCAUGAUCAUGCUGGGAGAAGUAUGAUGGAAUUUCAGAACCAAGCAAAGCAGUUGUUUCGUAAGAUUUCAGCAGACCCGCAACCCCCAACUAGAUGUAGCCUUGAAUCGGGACCAUAUAUAUUCCACUACUACAUAGAGAGAGGAGUGUGUUAUUUAGUGCUAUGUGAUAAAACAUUCUCAAAGAGACUUGCAUACUCAUUUCUCGAGGAUCUUCAAACAGAAUUUGCAUCAAAUUACGGUUUUAAGGUUGAAACUGUGUCUAGACCAUACAGCUUUAUAGAAUUUGAUACAUACAUACAAAAAGUUAGGAAGAACUACAUGGACUCGAGAGCCAGGAAAAAUCUUUCCUCGAUAAACACAGAAUUGCAGGAUGUUCAGAGAAUUAUGGUACAGAAUAUAGACGAUGUUUUACAGAGAGGAGAUUCCCUGUCAGUAUUGGACACCAAGGCCAGCAAUUUAUCUACGUUGUCAUCAAAGUAUAAAAAGGAUGCCAAAUAUUUAAAUUUACGUGCAUCGUAUGCUAAAAUAGCUGCAAUAGUUGCCGUGGUAGUUGUGUUCCUUCUAUUUAUUAGGUAUUGGAUUUUAUGAAUUGAAAAAACUAUGUGAAUUUUUGAAACUAGAACAUAACUUUUUUUGUUAAUGAUGUACAUAUACAUUGGACUGUCUGUCUGUGCUGAAGCUUUUUCAGUAUGCAAGCCACAUGUUUAAUUUUAGGAGCUUCAUACUGUAUUGCAAGAAAAAGUGCUUGUUGCUAGAAAACAACAACUAUUUUGCUUAUCAGAAAUAAUUUUCCCGUAAUUGAAUUUUGAAAUUUUAAGUUUUAUCUGCUUUCAGUCCAAGGCAUUUUAUUUUUCAUGGAAAAAAUAUGUAAUUAUUUUGAUCACAGCAUUUUUGAUGAAAAUAGUAUGAGAAAGAUCAUCUAUUUAGACAUUAGGCAUUUUUAGCUCGACUUUCCGAAGAAAAAGUAGAGCUAUUGCACUUGCCCCUGCGUCAGCAUUAUCGUCGCUGUUUGUUAAAAUUUUUGACAAAGUCUACACUAGGAGAAACAAUCUCCAUAACUCUGAUUUGAAUUUUGAGAGUUAUGUCUCUUUUUAACUUAGAAUUAUCUGGUUAAAGUUUUAUUAAGUUUUAACUGGCAGAGCUCUAAUUCAGAGUCAAGCACCGAGAAAAGUCCAGCGUGCUGUCUUGUGGACAGCUCUUGUUUAACUGUACAGUUGUAUAAGAAGAUGUACAUUUUAGCAAAUUUAUUACAUGUAAAUGUUAAAAUUUCAGUUUAUGAAUACAUUUCAAAUAUGUCUGUUAGAGAACAUAUCUUUCACAAAAAUGAGAAAGAAUCAUACUUUACAGAUUUACAUUAUUGCUCUUCAGAUUUUGAAAAUUGUAUACUUCACUGAAAGAUAAACGAGGACAUUAUGAACAAGAAGAGUUUUGAAACAGAUAUAAAUUUUUUGAAAAGCAAAAAAUUAAUCAAACUAUUUUUUUCUAGUCAGUUACAUAUAUAUAUAUAACAGUUUUAAUAUGGCCCCAAAUUUGUUGUAAUUGUAAUCGUAUUUAGACUCAUUAAGCUGAAAUGUAAAGCUCAGUAUCCUUGAACUUCAGACGUAGUACAGGGGUUGUUGAAAAUCCUGUAAAAAUAGCAAAAUUGAUAUACAAAGGUGUAACAAAGUGCUGAUAUUCUCAUGUUUGCCAGGACUCCUUUGAUGGAGAAAACUUUUAUCAUCAAGAAAGUUUCAGUAUACAUUGUACCAUGGAAGGAAUGCUUUUCAUGUUUACUGGUAGCUUCUAUGUCUGACCUUUACAGAUGUUCGAUGUUUAUAUUUCUGCGUUAUUUUACUGGAAUGAAAAUCUUAAGGUAAGAUGAGAUGGCAGAUAAUUUUAGUGCCUGACAGGGGGAGAUAACUCUUCAUUAUCUGAUCAUAAAGUUUGCAAUAUUUAAUUGUUCAUCGUUUCAUAAUAAACUGCUUCAUAGAAACUUGCAGAAGACAUGAUUUCUUUGUUUACUUUGAAUUUUGUUACUUUCGAUAAAAGUUUCUGAAAUAAUCAGGAACUAUAAUUGUCCAUUUUUAAGCUGUUUAAAACAUUUUUGUCAUGUGUAAUGUAGUAAAGGCAUUCUGUUAGAGAGCUCCAUUCAAAUGUAAUAUUAACAUGCAAAUAUUUAUUUGAAAAUAAAAAUGGAUUAUACAUG